AUGAUUCAACACGAUAACAAUAAAAUGUAUGGAACUACUAUACUGUCAAUUAGAAAAGAUAAAAGCGUAGUAGUAAUAGGUGAUGGACAGGUUUCACUGGGCCACACUGUUAUAAAAUCCGGAGCAAAAAAAGUUAGGCGUCUUUCUGGUGAUUCUGUAAUUGCCGGUUUUGCUGGAGCAACAGCCGAUGCAUUUACUCUCUUUGAAAGACUAGAAUCUAAACUUGACAAGCACCCAGGGCAAUUAAUGAGAGCAUGUGUUGAACUUGCAAAAGACUGGAGAAUGGAUAAAUAUCUGAGGAAAUUAGAAGCUAUGAUGAUUGUUGCAGAUAAAUCUAUUUCAUUAGUAAUUACGGGGACAGGUGAUGUUCUUGAACCUGAAGAUGGAAUCGCAGCUAUUGGCUCUGGGGGAAAUUUUGCUCUAUCUGCAGCAAGAGCUUUAAUUGACAUUAAAGGAAUAUCAAUAGAAGAGAUUGCAAAAAAGGCUAUGAAGAUAGCUGGCGAUAUAUGUGUUUAUACAAAUCAUAAUGUAGUUAUUGAAAAGAUAGAGGAGUGA